AUGAAGCCAACCCUCAUAAUCUUCUUGCUGAUGAGUAAAACCGCGUCAGUCCUUGCACAGUUUAAUGGCUACAACUGUGAUGCUAAUUACCACAGCAGGUUCCCUGCCGAGCGGGACAUCAGUGUGUACUGUGGCGUUCAGACCGUCACCUUGAAGAUCAACUUCUGCCCGGUGCUGUUUUCCGGCUACACGGACGCAGACCUGGCGCUCAACGGUCGCCAUGGCGAUGCCCACUGCCGGGGCUUUAUCAACAACAACACGUUCCCCACGGCGGUGCUGUUCAGCAUCAGUCUCAGUACGCUGGAGGCAUGCGGGAACAGCUUGGUGGUCACCGCGGCCUAUGGCGCCAACGCCUACGGGAAUAUGUCUCUGGUGCAGAUUGGGAACAUCUCGGGCUACAUAGACACCCCUGACCCUCCAACCAUAAUCAGCUACCUGCCUGGUCUGCUGUAUAAAUUCAGCUGCAGCUACCCGCUGGAGUACCUGGUCAAUAACUCACAGCUGGCGUCAUCCUCUGCUGCGAUAUCUGUCAAGGACAGCAACGGUUCGUUCGUGAGCACACUGAGUAUGCUCCUGUACAAUGACUCAACAUACUAUCAGCCUCUCUCCAUUCCCAUGGCCGGGCUGGCCUUAAAGACUCGAGUGUUUGCUGCUGUCAAAGCCACAAACCUGGACAAACGAUGGAACAUCCUGAUGGACUACUGUUACACGACUCCCUCAGGGAAUCCCAACGAUGAGCUGCGCUACGAUCUUUUCUUUGGCUGCCAAAAAGACCCCCAGACAACAGUUUUUGAGAACGGGAGGAGUCAAAUGGGUCGUUUCGCCUUUGAGGUGUUCCGUUUUGUCAAACACAGACACCAAAAGAUGUCCACCGUGUUCCUGCACUGUGUCACCAAGCUGUGCAGGGCAGACGACUGCAUCCUGCUCAUGCCAAUUUGUGGCCGACGGCGCCGGCGGGAUAUAGAGGAGGGGCACGGGUCCAAACCAGCGGCAUCUGACAAUGCCAUCCUCACAGCUGGACCCAUCAUCACUCGGAGUGAUGAAACUCCUGCCAACAACUCACAACUUGCUACUAGCCCCUCCCUGCCGAUGAACCCCAUGACCAGCGCUCUGCUCUCGGGCGUGGUCGUUCUGGGUGGCAUCAGUACGGCCUUCCUCCUGCUUUCCCUCCGCCUCCUUCGCAAGUCACACCUGCCACCGCCCUCAUCCUCAGGAGCCUGGACGCCCAGCUUCAAGUGA